AUGGACCCACUGGCCAUUGCCCACACCCCAGACCAGUACUUGACUUUUCCCAUUCAGCAUCAACAACUCCCUAGACCCAAAAUGACCCUCCCACCACCCCCCGGACGCCUCCGUCUCGCCUCCCCAGAGAACAUCCUCCGCCUAGGAGUUGUCUGCACCUCCGGCUUCCGCUACUCGGAGCACUUCAUUUGGGAACGCACAGCCCACGACCGGCAUCCCAGAAGCACAGUCACCUUUUUCAGACAUGAAGUCGCCGAGUUCAUCAAAAACCCCGAGUUCAUCGCUCUCGUUGCUGUCGAUGCCCACGACCCUGAUGAAUCCUCCAAACCCGAAGCAAUCAAAUUCGUUGACAACGGUUGGACACCGCCGCCAGCGGGGACACCCGUGGUAGUUGGCUUGGGGAUUUGGAGACUGCAGCCUGGCUCCUCCAGAGUUGGAAGUAUCAGAAUGAAACGGGUAGGCCCGUACCCGGAGUUACCGGACCAUAACUUUAAGGGCCUUAAACCAAAAGCGCUCCAAGGCGUUCGAGGAUGCCGCUAUCGAGGGACGUAG